UCAAUUUCUAUAUUAAAGAGAGAAUUGGUUUAAUAAGAAGGAAGUGUUGUUUCAUCAUCGCCUCUGCGCAAUCUAACUAGUGAAUACGGCGCGCAAGGUUAGUGAGGUGGAGAUCGAUCGUUUUCAAUGGAGCCCGAGAUCGCUCACCCCGUCGCUUCUUGCUCCACAGCUCUUAAGGCGGCGACUCCAGAAGCUAAUGGUGUGGAGCAAUACGAAGGUGUUGUUAAUAACAACAAUGUUGAUAGUAAGAACAAAGGGAAGGCUAUACAAUUAGGAGACGAUGAUGUGCAACUUGAGGGAUCUGCUAGCGAUUGUUAUGACACAACCAACAACGAUGAAUCGUACCCUGGUUCCUCUCCAUUAUCAAAUAGUCUGCUAGACCCUGAUUCUUUGAUCUACGAAGACGACGAUGACUAUUCUGAUCAGUACGGCUAUGAGAUGGAGGAUGAGCUUGAGGAGGAGGAGGAUGAUCGCGCUGAUGAUUACGUCUCCGAGUAUCAAGCCCUGUUUGAUGCCAAGGAGAAGGAUAUCCCAGCUGGUGUUGAGGUGACGAUGGACUGGCUUCCAAACUCUGAAACCUCUAAAUCAAGCGGAAGCGGCAAGUGUUCUCGCGACGAACACGGGAUCAAACCCGAAGCUCCCAGCAGCAGCUCCAAGAAGGCAACAGUGGGAAGUGGAAUCCACUCAUCUUGGAACGCUUUGCCUCACAACUCCAAAGGAGUCAUACCGAACUCUGCUUACGCGUUGCCAAUGAAAACUCAGACUUACAAUUACCCUGCGCAUGCUUUGAAGUUUUCUUCUUCUUCCGAUCAUCUUGAGCCUCAGACUCCUGAUACCGUGAUGGGGGAGGCUCCGGUUCCAGCUCCAGCUUCGGCUUCUUCUGGUUUGGUGCUUCCGGUGCCGAACCACCCACCCUGGUAUAAAGGGCAUAAAAUGUAUCCUAGCGCUCGGCCUAGAGUGGAGGAGGUUAUUUCAGCUCAGAGUUGUUCCAGGGUUAAGAGAAACAUGGAGGAUUAUCUUGGCAAGUAUUUGUUUUUCAAAAAGUUUGACAUUGUUGAAGAUUUGGGGGAUCACGAAUUCGCUACUCGGGGAACAACUACAAAGCAGCAUUCCAAAGAAUGGAUGAAAAGGAUUCAAGAAGAGUGGAGAAUUCUUGAGAAUGAUUUGCCAGAGAUGAUAUUUGUCAGAGCUUAUGAGUCUAGGAUGGACCUUAUGAGGGCUGUGAUUGUUGGAGCUGAUGGAACUCCAUACCAUGACGGUCUCUUCUUUUUCGAUAUCUACUUCCCUGAUACAUACCCUUCUGUGCCGCCGAUGGUUCAUUACCAGUCUGGUGGGCUAAGAAUCAACCCAAAUCUGUACAAUUGUGGGAAAGUGUGUCUGAGUCUUCUGGGCACUUGGAGUGGUGCCCCGAGGGAGAAAUGGAUCCCCAACAAUUCCACAAUGUUACAGGUUCUUGUCUCGAUCCAAGGUCUAAUCUUGAAUGAAAAGCCUUACUUCAACGAGCCUGGCUACGAGAGAACAGCGGGUUCUGCAGGCGGUGAGGCCCAGUCUAAAGCUUACAGCGAAAACACAUUCUUACUUUCUUUAAAGACAAUGGUUUACAACAUGAGGAGACCACCCAAGUAUUUUGAAGACUUUUCGUAUGGACAUUUCUUCAGCUGUGCUCACGACGUGUUGAGGGCGUGUACUGCUUAUAGAAACGGAGCUCCGGUGGCCUCUUUGGUGAGGGGAAAGGUUAAAGAAGGGGAAGAGAGUAGCGAGAGAUGCUCUGGGAAGUUUAGCCAAGAUGUGGGUACCUUUGUGGACACGCUUCUGUUGAAGGAGUUCAUACUUCUAGGCGUCCUUGGUCUGGAACCUGAAGAAGACAAAUCCUCAGAGAUUGACGUUGCAGAGAGCAGUAACGGAUCACCUAGAGGCGGAAUGUCUUCAAAUUGAGCUUCCUUUUCUUAUUUGAUCCUUUUGCUUAUUUUAAGUAGCUUAAGAAGCUCUUCUUAGGCGAGAUUUCUUCAAUGUUAACAGAACACAGAGGACUUAGUUGAUCCGUUUCUUAUUAUCAUGGAUCCUCUUUCUUAUAUAUGACAUGUCUUUGUCGAUAAGCACUCUCAUUUGUACAGUUGCUAUCACCUCACAGA